AUGGCCGCGACGGAGACGAUGACCGACGAGCAAAAGGCCAAUCUCGAAGCCCUACGGCUGAAAUUGGAGGCCGAACAACGGUCAAGAAGAUCCGUCUACGAAGCCAUCAUUUCGUUGAUGGACACCGUCGAUGAGGCUACCCUACAAAAACAGGCUAAUCUCCUCCACAUAGAAUCGUGGGAUGAGGUGGUCGAAGAGCGCUACCUUUCCAAGGUUUGCGGCUGGCCCACUUGCCCGAAUGAGAUCACGCCAGGCAGGAAGUUCCAGAAAUAUCACAUUGACCGGAAGGCGAAGAAGGUUUAUGAAGUUUGCCCGGAGCGUGCCAAGUACUGCGGCUCGAUUUGCUUCGAUCGUUCGGUGGCGCUGAAGGCACAGUUGCCAGCCGAGUCGCUCUGGCUAACCGGAAGUCGCAAAGAGAUUAUCUUCGACUUGUCGGUCCCGGAGAAGCCGUCGAUGAACAUAAAGCCGCUGCCGGAUUCGGUCGAAUUUGUGGCCGACAAGGUCCUCGCCCAACUCUCCGACCUGAGAAUCGCGGAAAAUGCAGCGGAAACGGAUUCCGACGACGAAGAGGAAACGACAUUUUCCGGGGAACCGAUAGAAAAGUGCAAUAAAGAGGACCUUGACUUCAUAGCGUCGAUCAAGAAUUUCGUCAGCAGCAAAGCGGGCGAUAGCAAGGAGGAGGUGAAGAAAACGCCGGAAAGAAAGAGCCCGGCGAAACAUCCGCUAAACAAGGAAACUGAUGCCGAAAAACUGGCACGACUUCGCGCAAAGCAUGGAACGAAUAAACAACCAAUUAGGAAAAGCAUCCCGUUUAUCGAGCCAACGGCGUUGCCCGUAAUUCACAAGGGAGAAAAGACGAUUUCUGCGGCGGGAAAAGUGGAGAAGCAGGUGAAGAAGGCCAAUAUGAAAGCUGUCUGUGCGUUGAUACGAGAAUGGCUGGGCCAUCGGACACGCGAAUUGGUGAGGGUCGGCGGGGCGCGGCCCUUCAGCGAAGUCGACGCGAUUUUCAAGCGCUUCUACGCCGGGGAUAUGGCUGAUCGCGAGGACUUGUUCGACAGCAUCUACUUGCCGUCCGUUGCCUCGCUCGAUGCGCACCGGAUGAGGUGCGACAUGUUGUUCCCGUUGCUCCGGAAAACAUGGGACCGGAUGGAAGAUCGGAUCGCUUCGCCCCGGAAACACAUUGACGAGCUUGCCGCGCUCGUGCGCUCGAUGAAUCUGACGGCGGAGAAUGUGCUCGGUUUCCGCGCUGAAGACGUGCACGCGAUCGUCAUUGUGCUGUUUAGAGUGGUCUGCUACCUGUGCCCGCCAUCCGAGGAGCAGCACUUCUUCCCCGCCAAUCAACCCCCAACGGCCCCAAUCCAAAAGCACCUCCAGAAAAUUGGCGUGGAUUUUGACGAAUAUUGUGCAUUUUUGAAAGAGCUGGAGGCUGCGUUCAGUUUUGAA